AUGUCUUUCAUGAUGAGCAUGACGCCUGGCAUCCCAUCAUCAUCCUCAUCCUCAUCACCCUCACCACCAUCAUCACCACCGCUCUCUUCACCGCCAGUAUCACUUCCGGUCCGUACGAUCCCCGGAGGCUACGGCUGGCCGCUUCUGGGGCCCAUCUCUGACCGCCUGGACUACUUCUGGUUCCAAGGCCCUGAAACCUUCUUCAAAAAACGCACUGACAAGUACAAGAGCACUGUGUUCCGUACAAAUGUCCCUCCGAGCUUUCCCCUGUUUCUCAACGUCAACCCCAACGUUGUGGCUGUUCUGGACUGCAAGUCCUUCUCGUACCUCUUCGACAUGGACUUGGUCGAGAAGAAGAAUACUCUUGUUGGUGACUUCAUGCCCAGUGUUAACUUUACAGGGGGCUUGAGGACCUGUGCUUACCUUGAUACCACUGAACCACAACACGCUAAGAUCAAGAACUUUGCCAUGGACAUCUUGAAAAGAAGCUCCAAGGUUUGGGUACCUGAGCUCACUGCUAACCUCUCCACCAUGUUUGACACAAUAGAAGCAGAAGUGUCCAAGGAUGGGAGUGGCAGCUACUUGAUCCCACUCCAGAAAUUCAUUUUCAAUUUCCUCACAAAAUGCUUAGUUGGUGCUGACACAGCAAGCUCACCCAAGAUAGCUGAGUCCGGUUACGCCAUGCUCGACCGGUGGCUCGCCCUCCAGCUCCUCCCCACUGUCAAGAUUGGUUUGCUUCAGCCUCUGGAGGAGAUUCUCCUCCAUUCUUUUGCAUACCCAUCUUUUCUUGUGAGUGGAGACUACAACAAGCUUUACCAAUUUGUUAAGGAACAAGGUAAAGAAGUAGUGAAGAGAGGUGAAACCGAGUUUGGACUGAGCCAAGAAGAAGUAAUUCACAACCUUCUGUUUGUACUUGGUUUCAACGCGUUUGGUGGGUUCUCUGUCUUUCUACCAUCGUUAAUAAGCACAAUAGCUAGUGACACCACCGGCUUACAAGACAAAAUAGUCAAAGAAGUCAGAGAAAAGGCCGGUUCAACUUUGACUUUCGACUCAGUUAAAAAUUUGCCACUGGUUCAGUCUGUAGUAUAUGAAACACUCCGGUGCAACCCGCCAGUUCCUCUCCAAUACGCCCGGGCCAGGAAGGACUUUCAACUGAGUUCAUAUGACUCGGUUUUUGACAUCAAGAAGGGUGAGUUGCUUUGUGGGUAUCAACCACAGGUGAUGAAGGAUGAGAAAGUUUUUGAUGAACCAGAGACUUUUCAACCGGACCGGUUCUUGAAAAAUAAGGAGUUACUGAACUACUUGUACUGGUCCAAUGGACCGCAGACCGGCUCACCAAGCCAGUACAACAAACAGUGUCCUGGAAGGGACACUGUGACCCUCACGGCUUGCUUGUUUGUUGCUUAUGUGUUUCAAAGAUAUGAUUCAAUCACUGGGACCGCAACUUCAAUCACAGCCCUUGAGAAGGCCAAGUAA